CCGCUGUGGGCCAUGCCCCGCCCCCUAAGCCGUCACUUUUCCUCGCCCCGUCUCUAGUAUCUUUGUGACGUCACAAGGCGGAAGUGGCCCUGUCAGUUUCAAAGUGAAUCUCCCGCCCUCUGGCCGACUCUUCAUCCUGGGAGGGAGGCAGAGAUGGGAGGAGGGGAAAUUGGUCACUUGUAGCAACUGGAGUGAAUGCAGGGACGGAGCAGCCUCCGCAAACUCAGAGUAUUUGAAAAUCUGAAGACUGAAGUUUCAAAAUCAACAGAUGAAGGGCUUAUGUCUGAAACAUUGACUCUCCUGCUCCUCGGAUGCUACCUGACCUGGUGUACUUUUUCAGCGCCACACUUUUCGACUGACUGUCCAGCGUCUGCAGUCCUCACUUUGAUGUCAAUGUCUGACAGUCACUCAAUCCUUCGGGACCACAACGAUUUUUGACUGUGAUUUCUGUGAGAGGGAUCAAUGCUUCUUGGCUCCUGUUUGAGGACGUUUUCAGCAUCAGUGGGACUGGACGAGAGACCCCACUAUUGCAGCGCACUGUGCGUGGUGCCUGAAACAGUUAUACCGCCUGGAAAGGGGAUUUCACGGCAGGGAGGGACUCUGCACGUGUUUGUGUGCAGCUGAAGCUGUGGCCAUGGAGAAACCUGAGGAAUCCCGCCCUGUGGAGGAACCGUGGAAGUGUGGCGACUGUGGGAAAGGCUUCCAUGUCCCGUCUGCCCUGGAGACACAUCGGCGCAGUCACACCGGGGAGAGGCCAUUCCCCUGCACCGACUGCGGGAAGGCCUUCAGACAUUCCUCCCACCUGCUGGCCCACCAACUGGUCCACACGGGGGAGAGGCCGUUCACCUGCUCUCAGUGUGGGAAGGGCUUCACCACCUCCUUCAAGCUGCGAAGCCACCAGCGGGUCCACACGGGGGAGAGGCCCUUCAGCUGCCCCGAGUGCAGGAUGGCCUUCAGCACAUCUUCCUCCCUGCGGACCCACCAGUGGAUCCACACCAGGGAGAGGCCGUUCAUCUGCUCUCAGUGCGGGAAGGGCUUCAGCACAUCUUCCUACCUGCUGAGACACCAGCAUGUCCACACGGGGGAGGGGCCCUUCAGCUGCCCCGAGUGCGGGAAGGGCUUCAUCUGCUCCUCCCACCUCCAGACCCACCAGCGGAUCCACACGGGGGAGAGGCCCUUCAGCUGCCCUGAGUGCGGGAAUGCCUUCAGCACAUCUUCCUCCCUGCUGACCCACCAGCGUGUCCACACCGGGGAGAGGCCGUUCACCUGCUCUCAGUGUGGGAAGGGCUUCACCACCUCCUUCAAGCUGCAGAGCCACCAGUGGAUUCACACGGGGGAGAGGCCCUUCACCUGCUCUCAGUGCGGGAAGGGCUUCACCACCUCCUCCAACCUGCUGACCCACCAGCGUGUCCACACCGGGGAGAGGCCGUUCACCUGCUCUCAGUGCGGGAAGGGCUUCAACUGCUCCUCCAACCUGCAGACCCACCAGCAGGUCCACGCGGGGGAGAAGCCCUUCAGCUGCCCCGAGUGCGGGAAGACCUUCAGCAAUUCCUCCAACCUCCAGACCCAUCAGCAGGUCCACACUGAGGAGAAGCCCUUCAGCUGCCCCGAGUGCGGGAAGGGCUUCAACUGCUCCUCCAACCUCCAGACCCACCAGCGGAUCCACACGGGGGAGAGGCCCUUCAGCUGCCCCGAGUGCGGGAAGGCCUUUACCCAGGUCUCCCACCUGCGGAAGCACCAGCGAGUUCACGUGCCAUCGCAGGGGGAUUGAUGGAGUGACGGCCGAGUGCCAUUAUCGAUUGGACUAUCAACCCGGUUCCGGGGACUCCCGGGUUCGAAUCCCGCCACGACAGAUGGCAGAAUUGGUAUUCGGUCAGAAAUGUGGAGUUCGGAAUCGAACGAUGAGACCGUUUCAGGGAGGGGGUGGUGCGGGGGAGAAAGCCCCCAUCUGAUUCCCUCUCUCCCUUGUUAGGGAAGGGAACCGCCAUUGUGGGAAAGGAUUCACUCAGUCGUUCCAGCUGCACCCUUUACCUGGUCUGGCCUACACGUGACUCCAGACCCACAGCAGUCUGGUUGACUCUACACUGCCCCUUCCUGGCAAAUGAGCGGGGAGAAACUUACUUGGAGACGGGGUAUGGGUUGAAAUUGCUGAUGAGGCAAUACUUCCUCCGGGUUAUGGCUGUACCAAGGAUCCGAUUACAAAGGGACAACUUGGUGCUGGCCAAUAGUAAAGACAGUGUGGUGAGGAGGGAAAGUGUGGUGGCAGGGGGAGGAGAGGAGGUGUGGUGUGUGUACUUUGACCUUGAGGUGUUCAAAAAGCAGAUACUUUUUCCCUGCCUUUUUUGCUGGGGGGAUCUUAAGCUGUCACAAAGUUGGGUUGCAAUAAAGGUUACCUGAACUUA